CUCAUAGAGUGAGUGGCCUAUAUGCUUCCACCUUAGAUCCGUCCUCCCCUCACUUGUGGUCGCAACACACACAAUGACGACAGUACAAGACCGUCACCCGGAGCUCUUCCAGCCCAUAAACUAUGAGUCCCCACGAGGCAAGGAACGUCGUGUACCAAUGCAGGUCCUGUGCUUGGGUUUCAACCGUACCGGCACUGCGACCAUGUCUGCUGCUUUGGAGAAACUAGACAUUCCUUGCUGGCACUCUUUUCAUCUUCUGACCACCCACUUUGGGGAUAAUGAGAUGUGGCAGGAUGCAAUUGACCGCAAGUUUUUCGGCAAGGGAACGCCUUUUGCUCGGAACGAGUUUGACCAGCUGAUUCACUCGUUUGGAGCCGUCAGCUCAGACACGCCUGCGAUAGCCUUCGCCGACGACUUGGUCGCGGCGUAUCCUGAGGCCAAAGUCGUCCUCGUCGAGAGGGAUAUUGAGCAGUGGUAUGAAAGCUAUAUGCAUGCUAUCAUAGGAAACAUGUUUGACCCAUUCACAAACAUUGUGUAUCAUCUGGACCGAAGCUACAUACACCCUAUUGGGAAAGUCCAGAAGAGUACCGUGGCUGGAUGGGCGGGCAUACGGUCCCACAAAGACGCUGAGCUGAAAGCUCGACAAAAGUAUCGCGAACACUAUGCGUUUGUCAGGAGUAUUACACCAAAGGAGCGAUUGUUGGAGUUUAAACUUGAAGACGGCUGGGAACCGCUGUGCAAAUUCCUCGGAAAAGAGGUACCCACAAGUGAGUUUCCCAGGCUGAAUGAGAAGGCUUGGUUUGAUGAGAAAGCUUCUCUGUUAGUGAAAGAAGGGUUGAAAAAGGUGGCUAUCAAGGUUAUUCCGUGGGUUGUUGCAAUAGUUGCUACUCGCUGGGCGUGGUCCCAUUACAUGGCAUAGACAGCCCAUUUUAUGGCUCAGGAAAGAAGGACAUGUACCUCCAAGUGGUACGCUAGUUGUGUGAAUGCAAAGACGAUGCUGCGUGUCAAUCUUGAGAUGUCGCGGAUGCCGCAAAAAGGAGAG